AGAGCGCGAUUCAUUUUUGGGUGAACUAUCCCUUUAAAGUUGACUAAACUUAAAAUUUUAUGGCAGCACAAACACUUAUUUUAUUUUAAGAACAGCAUUUAUUUGAAAUAGAUUUUUUUUUUGUAACGAUGGUAAAGUCUUUACUGUCCCUUUUCAGCAAUUUAAAGCAUCCUUGCUGACCCCAAACUUGUAAGUCUCAUGGACUACUGUUUAAUGAUUUUGGAGUUUGACAGCUCCAGUCUCCAUUCACAUAAAAGAGUAAGAGAUAUUCUUCAAAACUUCACCUUUUUUAUGUUUCCACAGUAGAGCAAAAGGCACAUGGGUUUGAAACGACAUCAUGGUGAGUUUUUUGUGGAGUCAGUCUUUGGUGCUCAGCUCACACUUUGAGAGAUAUGUAUAUAUAUGUAUGUGUGUGUUCAUUAGGUGUAAGCCACGGCAGCUUUUAUUUCCAGUCUGCUCUGCAGUAUUGAAAUCACACUGUGUAGGAAGUGCCAAGUCCUUGCGUCAUUUCCUCAACCUUCUCUCUGAGCGCUUCUGUUUUUCUCCUCUGUUUCCCCUCUCCGCCCUACACCUCUGUAUCUCUCUGAAAAGAGAAAAACGCUAAACCAGCACUCAAGGCCUUGAUGCUCACUCCACAUCUUCCAACAACAAAGUUUACACCUUCGUUGAGAGCUUCUUUGAAACCAGCAGACACCCACACGUGUACACGCCUGCACUGGACCAACGUUUGCUCUGGAGCAGCUGAGCAGGAGAAGCAACUGCGGAGCUGUCCAUCACUCAGCCUACAUUUUUGGGGGUGGGGAGAAAGCAGGACUGUUGCAGCGGUGGUACUUGGGUUUUUUAUUUUUAGACUCUUCUCGACCCUCUACCACGACAGCUGUCUCUUUCCUCCUCCUCCUUCUCUGACAGAGCAACGUCAGGAAUAGCCUAUCGCUUUGCACCUCUCAAAACUAGGGCUGCCGGUUAGUGUGACGUGAGACUUCUGGUUCUCAGGACUGUCUCGAACACACACAUAAACGUGUCUCGCCGCUUUCUCUUGCCGCUCUGCUCCACUCUGACCUGGGUAAGGGAGCGACGGUAACUGUUUGGAGCUGCUGCAGAGAAUCUCAGAGCCAAGAAUCUUCUCUUCUUUCCAGCAUUGUGGGUCUUGUUUACCUGAAGUUUGUGACCUCACAUAACAUAACUGUGAAGACCAGCAUCCAUUGUGGCAGCUUCUUGUCUGCUGGUCCCUCCAUCUGUCACUCAUCUUUUCAUCCCGCCCUUCCUCCUUCAUCAAACCCUUACCCGGCCCAGCCCAUGACAGCAGCGUUGCCAGCAUGGCAUUCUCAUCACGCUUUUCCUUCUGGGAGCAAAAGAUCAAAGAAGAGAAUAAGCCAAUCCCCAAGAGUUCAAAAGACAAUUCUGACAGCGAUGGCAGCCUAAAUAGCCGUUCCCAGUCAGUGCCCUGCCUGGAACCUGGCAGGGGCCUGCUACGUGCCAAGAGUCCUCAGCCUGUUCGGGACACACCUACAGAGGUCCAGUCCCAGUCUCAAUUCAGGCGCGUCAAGAGCCCCUCACCCAACAGAGACAAGAUGGCGACCAGCAAGUUGUCUGAAGUGCCCAAGAUGCCGGAGCGCUUCAAAAGCCCUGAGCCUCCCCGAGCUCCCUUGAGUCCUGAACCUUUUUUGAAUGGAGAAAGCAAAGUGAAUGGUGCUCUCAAUGGCAGUGUCAAGACCACUGCAAGUGUCAGCCAACCAGAGCUCACAGAGGACUUGCAGGGUGGGACCCGUAAGAAGGUGGUAAAGGUGGUACGAAGAGUGGUUAGGAGGGUACUUCCUACCGAAGAAGACACGGCAACAAUCCCUGCAACCAUGUCCCCGGAACCACCUAAACCAGAACCAUCUAAACCUGAACCAGCAUCUGUACCAAAAGUCGUGAAAAUGCCCGUGUUCUCCUUCAAACAUGAUACUAUAAAGAAGGAAGAAAGAGAUGAUAUCUCUGCUGGACUGACCAACUUGAUGACGCGAGGCAGGACCAGGGAACCUCGUCAUCGGAUCCGUAGUGAUGAGCCUGCUGAAAAAGAAGGUGUGAAACCUGUAGAGAAGUCUGAAGAGAAGGACAUUUCUGGACCAGGACAGAAUAAAACUGUGGCAAAAGUAGAGGCCUCCCAGACUCUAAAACUAGAGCAAAAGACUUCAGCUUCUGCUACUACCUUGACUACACCUAAGUCUCCUGUUUCACCACCAGCAGGGUUCAUCCCAGCCUCCAAACCCAAUCCACUCUCUCCCCCAGCAGGCUUUAUUCCUACACCCAAACCCUUAGGAUUUGUCCCUAUCUCAAAACCACCUACUCUUUCCCCUCCAGCAGGCUUUAUUCCUGCUCCAAAUCCUCCUCCUAUGACCCCUGCUGGAUUUGUUCCUGCAGCUCCUAUUCCAGAUCCCAAAACAUUGCCUGUUAUCCCCAGUUCUACACCUGCUGUCCCUAAAACAGCUGCUAACUCUGCUCCAAUCGCUCCUGGUAAAUCCAACACCCUUAACCCCCCAGCCCUCAAAACAGAUCCAUUUGCCCCUCCAUCAGGGUUCAUUCCUACCCAUAAACAGAUGCCAAUGAAGAAACCAGAGGUGAAGAGGGCCGUACAUAUGCCACCAACUCCAGCAGGGAGACCUUCUCCUGGAAGCAUUUCUAAACCCACUCUCCCAACCUUGUCCAAAAAGGUGUGUGUUCACGGUGUGCAGUGGUUAGAUGACAUGCCUGUUUAGUACUCCAGAAAGGGAAUGCAGCAUGGCUAACAUAAACACUUGUGACUUUGCUUGCUUUCAACCAGGUUCUGUGUAGAGCUUUUACAAUUUAUCCUAAUAAAUGAAUAAAUUGGUGUUGGCUACUUUUCUCAAUAACAAAGCCAUGUGCAUAGUCUGAGUUCGACUCACCUCUUCUUGGUGGUAUGACCUAUAGGAGAGUCCGCCACUGAGUCCCACUGAAGAAGCACAGAGACGGCUGGAGAGGAUCUUCGCUGCAUCUCUGGAACCUGUGGCCAGUGCCUCUGCAUCAUCUCAGGGACAGGUGGAGGAAG